GCCUCGUCUCCAGCGCUCAGGAGCGAGAAGAGACCGAAGAGCCGUAAACGAGCAGAGGGAAAUAACUUGGGGGAGAUAGCAAGAGGGACUAGCGUAAAGCAAGGCGCUCACUGAAUUUAAGCUUCGCGCGGAGCGGGAGCGUCCUUGGCACGGUGCUGUGGGGCCGGCGCGCUGUCACCCCGGCAGCGCAGUCGUUCCCUUUACGACUGGAGAGAAGCGGAGCGAAGGAAGAAGUCAAACAUCAGACUUUUAGUCUCCGAGUCCUGACGGCCUGUGUCAGAGCGUGCGCAGAGAAGGGUCCGAGGGCCAGAAGGACUGGAAGGACCACACGACGCACAGCGGAGCUGAGAUCCCCACACUGGGCAGCCGUAGGACGUGCUGGCGGACUCCUGGUGCGCCGGUUGAGAGAUACUGUCAAGUUUGUGGCAUGCGAAUAUCGGGAAGGACAGAAACCUGAGUUGGACUAAGCCACUUUGGGCCCCUGCUUUAUUAGCGGAUGAGUAGAUUGCGAUUGUGGGAUGACUGGUUACAGUCGUGUCAUCUAGCUCCUCUAGUCCUCUAGUCCUCUUCCAGUUAAGGUAUGAGCAUCCUUCAGAAGAAAGAGGACAUUUUUUCAGACUGUAGAAAGAAAUUUUGGAAUACAUAUAAGACCGGGCUGAUGUACUGGCCUUUCGUGCAGCUGUCAAACUUCAUGUUGGUCCCCGUUUACCUGAGAACAGCUUACACUGGGCUCUGUGGCUUUCUCUGGGCUACCUUCAUUUGCUUUUCCCAACAGAGUGGAGAUGGCACAGCAAAGUCAGCAUUUGUGUGGUUCCAAGGAGAGGAGGUCAAUGCAGAUGAAGAACCAUCAGAGAAAUAAGAACUUUAGUUCUGAACCCAUUCUAACUUGGUAAACCGAGUUUAUGAAAGCCAGAAAACUGCACUGCAGCCCCAUUGCUGUGUUUAGAAUAAACAGUCGUCCCAGCAUUUGUUGGUUAGUAUAAGCAGUGGAACAGUUUGUCUUUGUGCCUGGUUAUUUUUCAUAAAAGAGGCCAAUUGUAUAUUGGCACUUAAUUAUUUUCAUGCUGCCAGCCCAUCUCCUCUGGGAACGACUGACUGUUACAGGGCAGCGUAAGCAUUUGCACAUCAUGUCAGCCAGCCUCGCUGGGGAGAAAUAUUAACUGUAAUUUAAUUUUCAAGCAACUUGUAAUUGCUAGAAAAGGGGGAAUAGAACAUUAAAUCAUCAGUGGUCAUACUUGACAAUUGUUAUCAGCGCGGGACUGCUUUUGCAGAAGAAAAUUUAACAGACUUCUUAUCUAAAAAGUGGCAUUGCAUCUGUAUUACUCAGAGGAAAAAAGUACUCUAUUUUGUAGGGGCCAUUUCUCUGCAGGGACAAACUUGCUUUAUUCUGCAUUACAAUCUAUAUAGAAAAUAAAUUACUUCAUAGAAUGUACAUUUUUACAUCUCCUAACUUAACUGGGAGAACGACGAUAACUUAUUUCAGCCAGUGUUCUUUGGGAUUCGUUAUGAUGCUGCAUAUUCACGCUUGGGGGAAGCAUUGGUCAUAAGCAGCUCUCGCAGCAGAACCUAACUAAACCCUGUGCCGUGAGCUGCUGUCAUACCUGUAUACUGCUUAUUCCUGUGUCUCUCAAGGGACAAAGUAUUAAAGAGCACAUGGAAGCCUUGCCACUUUUCCAUUGUUUCAUUUAGUCAAGACUUCAUUAAGAUUUUGAAGAAAAAGAGCAUGAGAAAGACAGUAAUGUGAAUGCCAGAAUCCCUCUCAAAACAGUCCAGCUAUAUAUAAGGAAUAUAUAAGGAUAUAUAUAUAUAUCUUCCACGUAUAUAUAAGCAACAUUUCUUCUUCAAGCGGCUUUUAAACAUUCCUAUUCAUAAGAGACACUGGCUUAUAGUAACUACACAUAGGAAACUAGGAGGAGGUUAACUAGGCUUCGUUAAACUGAGAGUCAGGUCUGUAUGCAGGUGUGCUCAUCACUGUUUUUUAAAUGUUUACAUGUAUCUCAGAACAGGAACUGUGCAAAUUUCUGUAAUUGCAGUAAGUUCAAAGCAGACUAAUAAAGGAGCCCUUUAUUUAUUAGAAUGGGAUUUUAUGCCUUGAGGUUACUAAGCUGUAAGCUUGAAACAGUAUGUGAUUUAACACGUCUUGACGAUAACUGGAAAGGUAAGACUCAACCCUCUUUGUUAUAUGAAUAAUAAACCCCUUUGGGGAGUGUCUGAAUUCCUCAGUCUUGUCUCAACAGUAAACCAAAGCCUGCUUAGGCUGUAAAAGUGCAUUCCUUUUGCAGGCGGCUAUACUACUUACUGUAUUAUCGCUUGCAACUGUUUGUCACUGCAGGAGCCUGCUGCUGCAUGGCUUAGACAGGGAAAGGGAUCAUGCAAGCGCUGCCCAAUCUACUCCAGGUAAAAUCAACUUGGUUAGCCUAAUGCAGAGGUCAAGAGUGGUAGCCCAUAUGGCUUUGACUGCAGCAGAUGGGAAGAGGGUAAAUUUUAGAGGCGGGGGGGUGCUGCUUCUACAGCCUGUUUUGCUGGCAGACGGGUGGAGGAGGUAGCGUCCCUCUCACGGAUGACAAGUCACUGCAGUUAGUUCAUCUUCAGCUGGCACAGGCAGACCUGGAAGAGGGCACCUGACUACAGUCUUAAGGUGGAAUUCAUUUUAAUUGACUUUAGACGUGUAGUGUGGACAUCUACAACGUGGAUACUCAGUUUCAGCUCUCUCUAUUGUUAGUGGGGGUAAAUAGGCAGUUUUAGAUAGCUGUUGUCGAGUGAGAUGAAUUAUGCACUGUAAGUGCCCAUUUCUUCCCAUCAAUAAUACACCCUUGGGCGACUAGCUCCUAUGUAGAUAGCUUCAUUGUAGUUUAUUAUAUUUGGUCUGGUGAAUCCCCUGCUUGGUGUCUGUUUUAGAUGUCCCUAUGGGAGUAAUUCUGUGGGUGUUGCUGCUUGGAUCCCCCAGUGUGAAUUGGGCAGUCUUGAAGCUGGAUAUCCCAGCUGGACUGAAAAUCCACAGAGGACCGAACUGCAUUUUAUCUGUCUAUUUAAAAAAAGAAAAGAAGAGUGAAUGGAUAUUUUCAGGCUGCUGUAGCUGCUGAAGUGUUACUGUGUGUAUAUGUUUAAAGUCCUCAAGAUAAAAAGGGAAUGUCAUUAUUUUUUUUCUGUUAAUAUUUUUAGAAUCAGAAUUAUGUUCAGAGUCUGUUCUAUUCAGUGAGAGUUACAUUACCACACAACGUCUUACAUUAUACUUAAAAGUUUUAGAUGAGGUGUGCUAAUGAUUUUCUUUAACAGCUUUUAUUUUUAUUUCUGCUUAUGCCUUAAGCAUUUAAUGAUUGAUAUAAUUCAUUUGGAAAAAGGAGAGUGCUAUAGGGGUGUUUUGCUGCAUGCUGUAAGCAGAAUGCCCUGUUAUACUGCAACUCAGUGGGGGGAAAAAAAAAUUUCUGCAUAGGUAUAGGUAGUAAAACCUAAGCCCCAGGAGAAUCAAGAAUUUGAGUCUGUCCUCAUGAUCUGUAUAAUUCUGAUGCUUUUA